GCAACCUUGGGGCGUCAUCUUGUUUUUCAGUCACACGGUUGUUCUCACAUGAGUUGGGUCGGGCUGAAUUUAUUUUAAUAAAUAUUUGUUCUACAUAACUGUUAUUUAUUAUCAUUAAAAAUACUGAUAGUAUAUCAUUGAAGCCCUCGCUUUUAACUCGUUUUAACGACAAAAAACAAAAAAUAACACGUAUACAACAAAUACAAGAAAUAAUCACAAAUUAAAAAAAAAGAAAGUAACUUAUUUGGAGUAAAAAAAUUAAGUAUUGUGAAAUUGGAUAUAAAAAUAUGACCUACAGUUAUCGCGUGAUAAAAAUAUAUAGUGAUUAUAAUAUAACAUACAGUUUUUUGUAAAAAAGACAUAUUCAAGUGAUUUUAAAACAAGAAGAGAAACACAUUUUUUCUAUACUUCCUCUCACAAAAUAAUAAAAUUAAAAAAAAACUAUUUAUUCCCUCGAGCCCAAAGAAAAAUAAUAUCUGUUAUUUUUGUUAAAAAAUUUAAUGCAAAUAAAUUUUUAAAAUAAAUAAAUAAAACAGCAAAAAUGUAUCAUCAAAAUAAUAAAACUGUCAAAGACAAUACAGAUAAAAAUGUUGCAGAUAUUGAUGAAAAUAAUCAGACUGAUUCUGGUGUUAUUGUCUCGGAAACUAUAGAUUCAUUUGAUGAUAUUGAAAAAAGUGAUUCAAAUAAUUUAAAUGAUAAAAUAAAAGAAAAUUCAACAUCAUUUGAUAAAGUAUCUAGUGAAAUCAAUCAGAAUAUUGAUACAGAAAAAAUUCAUGAAGAAAUGAAACCUGACAGUGGAUUUAUUGACAGUAUAAGAGAUAUGAAUAUUAAAGAUGAUAAUGUAAAUAAAGUUGGUACAUUAAUUGAUACACAAAGUAAACCAUUUACUGAGCCAAUAUUAAGUAGUUUGAAAAUUAAUAAUCAACAUGAACAACAAUCAAAUGAACACUGGUUUUGCCAAAAUGACGAUGGUGACACACAACUUCAUAUUGCAAUAAUUCAAGGCUGGGAAACAGCAGCAUUAAAAUUAAUAUCAUUUGCACCAUAUCCAAUGCUUUUAGAUAUGAAAAAUGAUGAUGGACAAACACCAUUACAAUUGGCUGUAUUAACAAAUCAAUUAAAUAUUGUUAAGAAUUUAAUAUUGGCUGGUGUUGAUCCAAUAAUUAGAAAUAUCAAUGGUGAUACAGCAUUGCAUUUAGCCGUUCGUGCUAAUAAUAUUGAUUUAGCAGUUGCAAUAACUCAAUCAAUUGAAACAUUUGGAUGUAUUAAUUAUACAAAUUUUAAGAUACCACUAUUACAAAAUUUAGAACAACGAAAUUAUCAAGGACUAAACUGUUUACAUCUUGCAGUUGAAAAUAAUUCAGUAGAUAUGGUAAAAUUUCUAGUUACACUUGGUGCAGAUAUAAAUUCAGUUGAAUGGAUAUCUGGUAAAUCAUCACUUCAUUUAGCUGUUGAAGCUGGAAAUAAACAAAUUGUCACGUGUUUAUUGAGAAAAUAUACGCCUAUUAUUGAUUUAAAUCUUAUAACAUACAGUGGAAUGACAGCUUAUCAAAUUGCAUGUCUUAAAGAUAUUAAUAUUGCUGAAGAACUAACGAAAUAUGGAGCCAAACCAAUUCUAUUUGAUUAUGAUUCAGAUGAUGAUGAUGAUCACCAUCAUAAUGACGAUGAUGAUUCUGAUGAUUCUGAUAUGGAACAAAAUACUUCAUUUGUUAAUGAUUUAAAAGAAUCACAACAACGAUUAGUUUAUACUUAAAUUAUGAAAUAUCAUUUUAAAUUAAAUAAUAAAUAAUUAUAAAUUAAAACCUUUUAAAUUAUAUAUACCUAUGUGCAAUGAAAAUUUUAUUAUUUUAAGAAAUAUUCGUUAUUAAAAUAGUACAAGAAUUAAAAACAGUAAAUGUGGUUCAAAUUGGCACAUUUUUUUUUUUUACUAAAACUUUUUUUUUAAUAAUUUAAUUACUUUUUUUUAAUAAAUUACAAUUUUUUAAUUACAAAAAAAAAAAAAAAAACACUUUAUUUUAAGUUAAAUUUUCCAUUGAAAAAAAUAUAUACAUAUAAUUGAUUAUAUUGAUGGAUUUUGGACUCAAGUUGAUGAUGACUCGCACUUUAUUAUUGUUAUCUGCAUGAUUGGUUCAUUAUUUGUUCUUAAAAAAAUUAAGUACGUUGUUUUGACCA